GCAGGAAGCUCCUGGAUCUGCUCUCCUCUUCCUCCCCUGUCCGCCGGCUACUCUUGUUUGUGGGUGUGAUUUUCGGUCUUUCUUGAAUUUCCCCUGCACAUGCCGUCGGCCUCCCCCCCUGCAGCUCCGGUUUUAGCUGGAGAAUUAUGUUGAGCAUGCCUAUUUGGAAAUUGACUGAACUGUUUUGAUGAACUGAGAGUUUUUGUAAAUUCUGAGUUUUCUGUUAAAUCCAUGCUCACAUGGAGAUUUUCCGAUUGUUUCUAAGAUUGGAGAUUGACUGUCCUGAUGAUCUGAAAGUGAUUGUGAAUUGUGAUUUUCCUGUGAACUUUUGCCUGUUUUGUCUCCGAUAUGGUCAUGUUAUUCGUGUGCCCGCUAGUGGGAGGUUUAUAAACGCUAGCACAUGUCGACAUGUUAUUGAUAGAACCGGUUCGUUUGAGUGACCCUGCUAAUGGGGGUUAUACACCAGCAAAUCGUGUGCCUGCCAGUGGGAGGUUUAUAAACGCUGGCCGUGACCUAUAGAGGAGACGUCUAUUUCGUGCCCGCACUGUAUCUGUUUUCAUGAUUACACUUGUUGGCAUGCUAUGAGUUUAAUUGAUGGUUUUGUCAUUGAACGUUUUGCUAUUGAACCGAAUUUGAUUUCUGCAUUUACGAUUUAUUAGUGAGAAUUCUGUUAUACUUACAUGGUUUAUCUGGCAUGCUUAUAUUUUUACCCAGGGGCUAUCCAUAUUUACUUACUGAGUUAUCUCAUAGUUUUCCUUGUCCACCAUUUCAGGAAGUGAAACCAAGGACGGGGAAACCAAGGGGAGUGACGAGUUAGAAGGCUAGCCAUCUUGUAAUUGAAUAUGGAUUUUAGAUGUAAAUGAUGAUAUUGUAAUCUAGAUUGUAAUUGGAGAUCGUAUAAAUUCAUUUAGUGGAUUGUUAGUUUAUAAGAGAUUUGAUCUGGAGAUUUUGAGGUUAAGUCAUGUGGACAUAGAAAAGAAAUUUUGAAAUAUCCA